AUGACUAACGAAAACGUCUGGAUAGAAAAGUUGGACAACCCAACCCUUUCAGUGUUACCACACGACUUCUUACGCCCACAACAAGAACCCUAUACAAGACAGGCUACAUAUUCGCUACAGUUACCCCAACUAGAUGUACCUCACGAAACAUUUUCCAACAAAUACGCUGUCGCUUUGAGUGUAUGGGCAGCUUUGUUAUAUAGGGUGACAGGCGAUGAUGAUAUUGUUCUUUAUAUCGCUAAUAACAAAAUCUUAAGAUUCAACAUUCUGCCAACAUGGACAUUUAAUGAAUUGUAUUCCGCAAUUAUUACCGAGUUAAGUCAACUCGAAUCUAUCAAAGCUGAUUUUUCUUUUGAUGAUCUGGCUGAAAAAAUUCAAAGCUAUCAAGAUCUGGAAAGAACCCCUCAAUUAUUCCGUUUGGCUUUUCUGGAAAACCAGGAUUUCAAUUUAGACCAAUUCAAACAUCAUUUAGUGGACUUUGCUUUGAAUUUGGAAACUAAAAAUAAUACACAUGUUCUAAAUUUAAUCUAUAAUAGCUUGCUGUACUCAAAUGAGAGAGUAACCAUUGUCGCAGACCAAUUUACUCAAUAUUUGACUGCUGCGAUAAGUGACCCAUCCAAUUGCAUAACAAAAAUUUCUCUGAUUACCGUUUCAUCUAAGAGCAGCCUACCUGAUCCAACAAAAGAGUUAGGCUGGUGUGAUUUUGUAGGUUGUAUUCACGACAUUUUCCAAGAUAAUGCAGAAGCCUUCCCAGAGAGAACCUGUGUCGUAGAAACUCCAACGCUAAAUUCUGAUAAGUCUCGUUCUUUCACUUAUCAGGAUAUCAAUCGUACUUCUAACAUAGUCGCCCAUUAUUUAAUCAAGACAGGUAUCAAAAGAGGUGAUGUAGUGAUGAUCUACUCUUCCAGAGGUGUGGAUUUAAUGGUAUGUGUUAUGGGUGUCUUGAAAGCUGGAGCAACUUUUUCAGUUAUCGAUCCAGCUUAUCCCCCAGCUAGGCAAACAAUUUACUUAGGUGUGGCCAAACCACGUGGGUUGAUUGUUAUUAGAGCUGCUGGUCAAUUGGAUCAACUAGUUGAAGAUUAUAUCAGCGAAGAAUUAGAAAUUGUUUCAAGAAUCAAUUCUAUCGCUAUUCAAGAGAACGGUACCAUUGAAGGUGGGAAAUUGGGUGAAAGCGAUGACGUUUUGAUUCCAUAUGAACAUUUCAAAGACACUAGAACAGGUGUCGUGGUCGGCCCGGACUCUAACCCAACCCUGUCUUUUACAUCUGGCUCUGAAGGUAUUCCUAAAGGUGUUCUCGGUAGACAUUUCUCCCUGGCCUAUUAUUUCAAUUGGAUGUCCAAAAAGUUCAAUUUAUCAGAAAACGAUAAAUUUACAAUGCUGAGCGGUAUUGCGCAUGAUCCAAUCCAAAGAGAUAUGUUUACACCAUUAUUUUUAGGUGCGCAAUUGUAUGUUCCUACUCAGGAUGAUAUUGGUACGCCGGGUCGUCUAGCAGAAUGGAUGAGUAAAUAUGGAUGCACAGUCACUCAUUUAACCCCUGCUAUGGGUCAAUUACUUACUGCACAGGCCACAACACCAUUUCCUAAGUUACAUCACGCAUUUUUUGUGGGUGACAUUUUAACUAAACGUGACUGUUUGAGAUUACAGACCUUGGCAGAGAACUGUCGUAUCGUCAAUAUGUACGGUACAACUGAAACACAGCGUGCAGUUUCUUAUUUUGAAGUUAAAUCGAAGAAUGAUGAUCCAAACUUCUUGAAAAAAUUGAAGGAUGUCAUGCCUGCAGGUAAAGGUAUGUUGAACGUUCAGCUGUUGGUUGUUAACAGGAAUGAUCGUACUCAAAUAUGUGGUAUUGGUGAGAUUGGUGAGAUAUAUGUUCGCGCAGGUGGAUUAGCUGAAGGUUACAGAGGAUUACCAGAACUGAAUAAAGAAAAAUUUGUGAACAACUGGUUUGUUGAGAAAAACCAUUGGGAAUAUUUGAAUAAGGAUAACGGUGAACCUUGGAGGCAAUUCUGGUUAGGUCCAAGAGAUAGAUUAUACAGAACUGGUGAUCUUGGUCGCUACUUACCAAACGGUGAUUGUGAAUGUUGUGGUAGAGCUGAUGAUCAAGUUAAAAUUCGUGGGUUUAGAAUCGAAUUAGGAGAAAUAGAUACACACAUUUCUCAACAUCCAUUAGUAAGAGAAAACAUCACAUUAGUUCGCAAAAAUGAAGACAAUGAACCAACUCUGAUCACAUUUAUGGUUCCCAGAUUUGAUAAGCCUGAAGACUUAUCUAAAUUCCAAAGUGAUGUUCCAGAGGAAGUUGCAACAGAUCCAAUAGUGAAAGGCCUAGUCGGUUACCAUCUUUUAUCCAAGGAUAUCAAAACUUUUUUAAAAAAGAGGUUAGCCAGUUAUGCUAUGCCUUCCUUAAUUAUAAUCAUGGAUAAGCUACCACUGAACCCUAACGGUAAGGUUGACAAACCUAAACUGCAGUUUCCAUCUCGCAAACAACUAAAUUUGGUUGCUGAGAAUACAGUUUCUGAAAUAGAUGAUUCUCAAUUCACUAGUAUUGAGCGCGAGGUUAAGGACUUAUGGUUAGGUAUAUUACCUACUAUUCCAGCAUCUGUAUCACCUGAUGAUUCUUUUUUUGAUUUGGGUGGACAUUCUAUCUUAGCUACUAAGAUGAUUUUUACCUUGAAAAAAAAGUUACAGAUUGAUUUGCCAUUGGGAACAAUUUUUAAAUAUCCAACCAUAAAAGCCUUUGCCGCAGAAAUCGGCAGGAUUAAAUCAUCUGAUGGAUCAUCUCAGAGAGAAGUUGAAGAGAUUGUUACUGCAAACUAUGCAGAAGAUGCCAAAAAAUUGGUUGAAACACUACCAAGCUCUUAUCCUUCCCGUAAGUGUUUUGUUGAACCUAAUAGUGUUGAGGGUAAGACAACAAUUAAUGUUUUCGUUACCGGUGUAACAGGAUUCUUGGGCUCCUAUAUUCUUGCAGAUUUGUUGCAACGUUCCCAAAAUAAUUAUAGUUUCAGAGUUUUUGCUCACGUAAGGGCUAAAGAUGAAAGAUCUGCACUUGAAAGAUUACAGAAGGCAGGGAUUACUUACGGAACUUGGAAUGAAAAGUUCACCUCGAAUAUUGAGGUUGUAUUAGGUGAUCUAUCGAAAAGUCAGUUUGGUCUUUCCGAUGAGAAAUGGACGGAUUUAGCGAACACCAUUGAUGUGAUUAUUCAUAACGGUGCGUUAGUCCACUGGGUUUAUCCUUAUGCGAAACUGAGGGAAGCGAAUGUUAUUUCAACUAUCAAUGUUAUGAGCUUAGCAGCCGUCGGAAAGCCAAAGUUUUUUGACUUUGUUUCCUCUACUUCCACUCUUGAUACCGAGUACUACUUUAAUCUGUCAGAUAAACUUGUUGGCGAAGGGAAGCCAGGCGUUUUAGAAUCUGACGAUUUGAUGAAUUCUGCAAGCGGACUCACUGGUGGAUAUGGUCAAUCCAAGUGGGCUGCAGAGUACAUCAUUAGACGUGCAGGUGAAAGGGGGUUACGUGGAUGCAUUGUCAGACCCGGUUAUGUAACAGGUGCCUCAGCUAAUGGUUCUUCAAAUACAGAUGAUUUCUUACUAAGAUUUUUGAAAGGUUCAGUUCAGCUGGGCAAGAUCCCAAAUAUUAAAAACUCUGUAAAUAUGGUUCCUGUAGACCAUGUUGCCCGUGUUGUUGUUGCUACAUCUUUGAAUCCUCCAAAGGAGAAUGAAUUGGCCGUUGCUCAAGUAACAGGUCAUCCAAGAAUAUUAUUCAAAGACUACCUAUAUACUUUACACGCUUAUGGUUAUGAUGUCGAAGUGGAAAGCUAUUCUGAGUGGAAGAAGUCAUUGGAAGCAUCUGUUAUUGACAGGAAUGAAGAUAAUGCCUUGUAUCCUUUACUACACAUGGUUUUAGAUAACUUACCUGAGAGUACCAAGGCUCCCGAACUGGACGAUAGAAACGCAGUGAUGUCUUUGAAGAAGGACAUCGCGUGGUCAGGUGUUGAUUGGUCCAAUGGAAUGGGAGUCACUUCAGAAGAGGUUGGUAUUUAUAUUGCAUUUUUGAACAAGGUUGGAUUUUUACCUCCACCAACUCAUAAUGACAAACUUCCACUUCCAAGUGUAGAAUUAACUCAGGCGCAAAUAAGUCUAGUGGCUUCAGGCGCUGGUGCUCGUGGAAGUUCCGCAGCUGCUUAA